AUGAUACUUGCUGGCUUAAUUGUAUCAUCCAUUGCCGACCACCAAACCCCGCACUCUGCGCCGCACACAUGUCCUUCCUCGUUUCGUGCACUCACCCCUCUUCAACAUAAGUCCCGCAACUCAAAAUCUUUCAAAGAAUAUGAUACAUCACAGGACCGCAUAUCUGCAAGCAUGUGGCUGAUCAACGUCGAAUCAAUGAAGCUUGAAGAGUUCACGCCACCAGAUUUACCGACCUAUGCAAUAUUGUCUCAUACUUGGGAAGAUAACGAAGUUACGUUCCGGGAGUUCAAAAAGAGAAAAUAUGAUAAGAAUAAAGCCGGAUUUGUCAAGAUUAAAAAGACAUGCCAGUUAGCCGCUGCCAAGAGCAUCAAGUACGUUUGGGUUGAUACUUGUUGCAUCGACAAGUCAUCGAGUGCCGAGCUCUCGGAGGCUAUCAACUCUAUGUUUGAUUGGUAUAGGUUGUCUGCCGUUUGUUUUACCUAUCUGUCAGACCUCCCAGCAAGUUCUAUACUGGUAUGCCGCUGGUUCACAAGGGGUUGGACGCUUCAAGAGCUGCUUGCCCCUGAUAUAUUGGAGUUCUAUGAUAGGGAGUGGAACUUCAGGGGUCGCAAAACAGAAUCAGUGGUGAUGCAACAACUAUCGACUAUGACUGGCAUUCACAACAUGGAAGUCUUUCGAAAUCGCGAUGCGAUUCGCAAGACUGUAGUGGGAGAGAGGAUGUCCUGGGUUUCUAAGCGACAAACGAAAAGACUCGAGGACAUUGCAUAUUGUCUUCUAGGUAUUUUUCAGGUAAAUAUGCCUAUGCUAUAUGGGGAAGGUAUGCGAGCUUUUCAGCGCCUACAGGAAGAGAUUAUCAAAUCAAGCACCGACAUGUCACUUUUCUGCUGGAGGGGAACAGAAAACGAAUUUCUUUGUCGUGGUAUUCUGGCGCACUCGCCUGCUGAAUUCGCCACAUACCAUGAAACUUCUCAAAACCUUCGAGAUAAUUAUGACCAAACUUACAGCUCGUAUCUCAAGGGAUCGCUCCCUGAGUUCUCAGUUACUAAUAAAGGUGUCCGCAUUGAGGCCGACGUGUCCCUAGGAAGCUACAAGUGA